AUGUCUCAAGAACAAGUAACGCAGGAAAAAGAAGCUUCUCAACCAGUAAGAAGGGGAUCAACCACCAGAGUUCCAGAAACUGAGGAAGAAAAAGCUGAAAGAUUAGCUAGGCAACAGGAAAUCGACUCGAGGUCGAUAUAUGUCGGUAACGUUGAGUACCAAUCGACGCCCGAGCAAUUGGAGGAAUUUUUCCAUAUUGUUGGUAUAAUUGAGAGAGUUACUAUUUUGUUUGAUAAAUUUUCCGGAUUACCAAAAGGUUAUGCGUAUGUCGAGUUUGAGAAGUUGGAUAGCGUACAAAAGGCUGUUGACGAAUUGCACGGUAAACAGUUUAGAGGUAGAGAAAUCAAAGUUGUUCCAAAAAGGACAAACUUGCCUGGGUUCCGGAAAAGAGGAAGAGGAGGUAGAGGCAGAGGUGGCAGUAGACGCGGCGAUGGAGGAGGCGAUAGAGGAGGCUAUAGAGGCGGCGAUAGAGGCGGCAGGAAACAACCACAACCACAAGAUGAUGCAUCCAAUGGUUUGGUAGAAGAAAAGAAUGCAGUCAACGACUCGAACGAAACGGCUAAAGAAACUGCAAUAUGA